AUGGCCAAAACUAAAAAAGAGCAAAAGAUACGCCAUCCCUUGGAUGAGACUCAGUGUAUUAAGUGUGAAUUGGGUACUUUGCCAGAUGCAACAAAACAAUACUGUCAAACUAUACCAGAAGUAUACUUGCGUCCUGAAUCAGCAUGGGCUAUUGGUGCAAUGUCCUUUAGUGCCACCGGUAUAUUGGUGACUUUAUUUAUUGUUGGUGUCUUUGUAAGACAUAAUGAUACACCAAUUGUACGUGCAUCCGGCAGAGAACUGAGUUACAUUUUACUAGCUGGUAUUUUAAUGUGUUAUGCGGUUACCUUUGCUCUGGUCCUAAAGCCAACAAAUAUUGUGUGUGCCAUACAAAGAUUCAGCGUUGGUUUCUGCUUCACCGUUGUCUAUGCUGCUCUACUAACGAAAACCAAUCGUAUAGCACGCAUUUUUAAAGCCGGCAAACAAUCUGCCAAACGGCCUUCAUUUAUAAGUCCCAAGUCACAGUUGGUUAUUUGUUCGUUUUUUAUUUCCAUACAGAUAUUAAUUAAUGGUGUUUGGAUGUUAAUAGCACCAUCACAUGCCAAACAUUAUCAUCCAACACGCGAAGAUAAUCUAUUGGUUUGUGAUUCAUACAUCGAUGCCUCGUAUGUUAUAGCAUUCUUUUAUCCCAUUGUACUGAUCGUGGUGUGUACUGUGUAUGCGGUGUUAACACGCAAAAUACCAGAGGCAUUCAACGAAUCAAAACAUAUCGGAUUUACAAUGUAUACCACAUGUGUCAUUUGGCUGGCAUUUGUUCCAUUAUAUUUUGGUACGGCUAAUCAUGUACCCCUGAGAAUAACAUCAAUGUCGGUGACAAUAAGUUUGUCGGCCAGUGUUACCAUAGCUUGUCUAUUUUCUCCCAAGUUAUACAUCAUACUAAUAAGACCAGAACGUAAUGUCCGACAAAGUAUGAUGCCACCACGCUACACCAACAUGCAUCGUACUGCCAACACAGGACCCUCGUCCAUGAUGGCAGCAGCUGUGGUUACAGCGGCCACCUGUGCCCAAGAGGAAAAAAUCCAAAAACAUAUCACACCCACCAACACUGAACACAGUGUCCAGAAAAAGAAACUAUGCGAAAUGGCAACACAAACAAUAACCAUUACAAGCAUAUUUACAAAUUUAGAUAGUACGGCGUACAAUCAAAUACCAUACGCCGAUCAAUAUGUGCCAAAUAAUAAUCAUAAUGAGGUGAGUGAUAAGGAAAAUCAUCAUAAUAAUACCAGCAGGGUUGGCAUAGGUACUGCUGCUGUUGAUGAAAUGGCGCGUACAGUGGCCAAUAAUAAUAAAAUUAAUCAACAGCAGCAUAAUAGUACAAAUCAUAUGAAUUCUGCCGUGGGGGCAGCAGUUGCGACUACGCACAAUAUGACAAUGUCUUCGACCAUUAAUGGUUUGAUGGGUGCCACAACUACAGCCCUAAAUAUGAGCAGCUGUAGUAAUCAUAUUUUGGCAACAACAACAGCGACAACAAAUGUUGUGCCAGCAACAACAACAACAACAAAUUUACACAACGAAUCAACAGGGUGUAUAAAAGCGAAUACAGUUUUAACCACCAGUUUAUAGCCCUUAAAGUGUCAACAUAAUUAUG